GGCGCGCUGCUCGCUCCCGGGCGCCGUCCUUCCUCAGUGUAACCGCCCGCUGUACAGGAGGCUCAGUCAGGGAGAAGGACGUCGUCUCUUCCAAAGCACAAUGCAGUCGGCAGGGAAUUACCAGCCAAUUCCAGGUGAAUAUGUGGUUCCAUCUGCACCGCCUUCAUAUGCAGAGGCCACGUAUGGCCAUCAGCCGUAUCCUCCUCAGCCGUAUCCUCCACCUCCUCAGCCGUAUCCUCCACCUCCUCAGCCGUAUCCUCCUCAGCCGUAUCCUCCAGCUCCUCAGCCAGGGAUGGAAGCCAAACCUCUUAACCCUGUACCUCCUUAUGUGGUCCAGCCAAUGCCAAUGCCUAUGCAAGCUCCAGUUACAGUUCAGACUGUGUACGUUCAGCAGCCGGUCAGAUUCCAUGAUCGUCCCGUCCAAAUUUGCUGUCCACGCUGUAACACCUUAACGACCACGCGCAUUGACCAUACGUCUGGAGCUUUGGCUUGGUUAUCUUGUGGCGGAUUGUGUAUUCUCGGGUGUGGAUUUGGUUGCUGCCUCAUCCCUUUCUGUAUUGAUUCUUUGAAAGAUGUGGAUCAUUACUGCUCCAACUGCCAGGCUUUAAUCGGCUCCUACAAACGGAUUUGAGCAAGACUUCUUAGAAGAUUGCCUAUUUUACAUUUUUAUAUCUAGAACUAUGCAGGUUUUAGCCUGUAUAUAGUGACGCACACGUUGACAUACCUUCUGUUUAUUUUAUUUGGAACUAUAUGUGUUGUUUGGACCCAACAUCUGGAACUCAUGGGAGCUGCCCUGGGUCUGUAUAUGGCAGGUGACUAUAUUCAGCUUUCUCAUACUAUGGAAAACCUUUUCUUUAUCCUUCAUAGUCUUACACACCACCAGGUGUCCUCCAAGAGGACCUAGACCUUGUUUUAGAUACUGAAGUACUUAAACUGCACAGGCCUUAGAAGAUACAAGAAGUCAGAAGAGCACCCUGACUACGGCUGCUGAAGAGCCAAGUGCUGCCAUAGCGGAGAUCAGGACCACAGCAUACACUCGCUUCAUGGGAUACUUUAUUAUGGAACUUUUACUCAUCGACAGCUGUAUCACGUAUUCAGCUGUAACGUUUGUUGUACUGUGGAAUAUACAUUAUUACACCAAAUGUAUGUCCUGUUCUACCACUGACAAAGCACAUAACCACUCUGUUCUAGCAUGGUUUCUUCAUUGUGGCAGUUCAUGGUGGUUAUCUCCCCCACAUCAGUUUAUACUGUCAGGCUUCAGCUAUACACCGUCCAGGUCAAUGUAAGAAUAUUGGCAAUAUUGCCCUCAUUGAAAUAGUCUAGGUGACCCUCAGUAUGACAUUAAAGGGGUUGGCCACCUUCUGGUUAUUGUUGACCAAUGUGUUUUGUAUGAUUAUUAUAUGCCACUUACUGAUAUAGUCUUUGUUGAAAUUA